CGACAUUGUCUCUUACAAAUGCCUAGGAAUUACAUAGCAGGAAAAUCAAAUUGUAAACUCGUGAUUUCCCUUGCUCUCAGAAGAUCAUUUGUUUUGGUAGAGGACUAUAUGCCGCCGAAAGUGGGAGGAUUUAACGCGGAUGAUGCAGCAGAUACUCAUCCUGUGCAUGUGCUAAAAGGUGUAUUUGUGUCCAACUGAACCUCCCAUUUCCGCCUACAUAUAGUCCCAUAACCCAUUUGUUUCUCUAUCAAUUAUGCCGAAGUCUCGUGUUUUCGUCGUUUUAUCAAGCGCUCUAUGUACCGCUUAUUUCUCAAAAUAUUCUUUCCAGGCACUUCACGUCAGUUCGACAAGAAUGAGAAUUUUCAACCUUACCUUUUUGUUACUUACCAUCUUAGUGAUUCUCUCUGCUGUGGACGUUGGUGAAUGCGGAAUUCUCGAUAAAAUUAGAGGAAUAUUCGAAAACCUUCCGAACAUCGCUAACGGUGCGAGAGACAUUGUACGCGCAAUUGGAAAUAUCAGAAGAGGAAAUGGUGCACCAGCACCAGAACCUGUACCUCAAGAUGGAAAGUGAUGUUUUGUGCUCGAUUGUCGAUAAAUCUUGGCAUGGUG